GAGUAGAUCCCAUAACAGAUCACGUUCAAGACAGAAAGAUAGACGGAGAUCUAAGAGCCCACAUAAAAAACGCUCUAAAUCCAGGGAGAGACGGAAGUCAAGGAGUCGUUCACGUUCACGGGACAAGAGAAAAGAUACUCGAGAAAAGCUCAAGGAGAAGGACAGAGUGAAAGAGAAAGAUAGAGAAAAGGAAAGGGAGAAGGAGAGAGAGAGGGAAAAAGAGCGUGAAAAGGAAAAGGAACGGGGCAGAAACAAAGACCGGGACAAAGAACGGGAAAAGGACAAGGACAAGGAUAGAGAGAGAGAGCGGGAAAAAGAGCCUGAAAAGGAACGAGACAAAGAGAAGGAAAAGGAACAGGACAAAGAAAAGGAACGCGAAAAGGACAGAUCCAAAGAGAUAGAUGAAAAAAGGAAGAAAGAUAAAAAAUCCAGAACACCACCCAGAAGUUACAAUGCCUCAAGAAGAUCUCGUAGUGCCAGCAGAGAAAGGCGGAGGAGGAGGAGCAGGAGUUCUUCCAGAUCUCCUAGAUCAUCAAAAACCAUGAAAAGGAAAUCUUCUCGGUCUCCAUCCCCUCGGAGCCGAAAUAAGAAAGAUAAAAAGAGAGAAAAAGAAAGGGACCACAUCAAUGAAAGAAGAGAGAGAGAGCGUUCAACCUCUACAAGGAAGAGUUCUAAUGACAGAGAAGGGAAGGAGAAGUCGGAGAAAAACAAUACUUCAGUUAAAGAGAAAGAGCACAAUAAAGAACCAGAUUCAACUGUGGGCAAAGAAGUAGAUGAUAAGGAUGUACCAAGGACUGAGGAAAACCAAGUUCAGCAAAACGGGAACUGUCAGCCAAUUGAAGAAAACCUGUCUACCAAAACAGAAGCAGUAUAAUGUGGACUGAUGAAUACUCCUCUAUACUCAGUGCUGGAAUCAAAUCCAAAGCUUCUUAUUUUCUCAACAAGAUGUUAACAGGAAGGAAACCUGAUGAACAUAAAGAUAGGAGCUAACAGCUGUUAGGUGGACAUCCAUUUGUUAGGUGGACAUCUUGUUACUGAGUAAGAAAAUCAAGCAUGGACAUCAUAAGAAUAUCAGGUGUUACCCAAACUCAUCACCUUCUGAAAUCUGUGCAUUUCCAUGGUGGCUGACACACUUGUCAUGUGGUUUGUUAGUGUUUGCCAAGAACCACUGCAAAUAAGUUGAACGUCAAAGAUCCAAAUUUGUGCUCUACCCUAAAGACUGGGGAUAAGCAUUGGAGGCUCUCUAAAAAAAUGCUAGUUACUGAAUUUUGUAUUGUUUUACUUUUUUAAAAAAAAAUUCAAUAUAUACAGUUUGAUGAUGUGCUUGAAAUUGGUGCAAAUAUAUACACACCCUUGUAAGUGCAAAGUAUGUAAGAAGUUUUAACAUUGACUUCACAGAUUCACAGUGAUUGUGGUAAAUUCUCACUAUUGUGUUUUCUUUUGUUCACUGUUUAGGACAGCAGUUUUUCUUUAAAAUAGUUUUACGGAUUAAAGUUGCUUAAAUAAGUUGAUUAAAAAACAACUGACAAUGCAUGCUACUGUUCUCUUUCAAAAGGAAGAGCAACUCGUUGAGUACUAAUAAUGAUAUUGGUAUUCAGUGUUAGAAUCAUCGGGUCUACCCGAAAAGUAAGCCUUUCUCUUUGAACUUUCUUGACAUUACCAAGCUUAUUAUGAAUAAUAUUGCAGUAUGUCUUGUCAGCUGUAGGUGGCAAAGAUGCCCUUAUACAGUGGAAACUGGGUUUUCAAAAUGGGCUACGAGAGCACAAGCUGAAGCUUUAGUGCCUUCUACAAUGUGGUAUACUGUUUUCUAGAAUUUUAUAUGUGCUAAAAUUCAUACGGAAUCCAGGUGGAUAUUCUGUCAUACCCCACACCCAUAGAACAGUAUGCAAGCAGUAUGUCUGAGAGCUUCUGACUUUGUUCACCUGAUGGGAGGAGGAAUUCCUGUUUUUUUAGACUGACUUUAGAGUUUAAAACAACAAUGCAGUUUUGGGACCAUCUUUUUUUUUUUCUUUUUUUUAAUACUGUGAUAAUUGAAAAUGAAACAUGCUCUUCUUUCCUCAAAUCAAAAGAAAUCUUUUAGUUGACUAUAUUGGAUGGCCUUAAUUAUUACCUCAAUCAUUUUCUCAUAAAUGAUAUGCAGAAAUUAUACUUAAAGGGAGGACUAGGAGUAUACAGGGGAUUAUUUUAUAUUUAAAGAUAUGUUUACUUGCGUUUAAGAUAUAGGUCACUCAUCAGUCUUAGGUUCACUUUGCAGAAAGUAUGCAAGUAGUAAAAUGACAACAAUGCUACGGUUUUUCCCCAAAACUAUAACUUGUAGUUUAUGAACUCUACUCUUUUCGUUGUUACAGUUCCAAAAACGUAAUACUUUAAUUUAGCAUGUCAUUAAAAAUCAAGUAUAAUUUUAAUGCAAUCUAAUACAAUCAAAUUACUCAGUUGCCUUACCUCAUGGGAAGAGUUACUUUUAUAGAUUUAAAAAGUUUAGUAGAAUGUUAGUUACUUGGUUUCAACUUGAGUUUUGUUUUAAUGUUAAUACUGUUGAAACUUUAAGAAUUUGGUGGUGAGUGGAAAGAGUUACCCUUUUUUGCAAGUAAUGAAGCCUGGGUUUGAUUAUGAAGCUGCUUAAUCAUCUUCAUGUGUUCAGAAUUACUUUGUGUGUGGUUGGUUUUUUUUGUUUGUUUUUUGUUUUGGUAACUGUGUACAUUAAAAUUUUGGAAAAUGCUUUACUAUGUAAAGUACAUAGUCAUGUAAUCAUUCGGCCACAUGUUGGCUGGUAAACAGCUUAUUCUGAUCCAAGGAUGCUUGGGUGCAUAGUGGAAAGAUUGUGAAGGAGUGUGAGCCCUGCAUCAGCAGCUGUCUUAUUUAUGAUAUGUAAGUAGAAUAGAGCAAAUGUUGUUUGAAUCUUUGUUAUUUUUUAGUACCAUUUCUCUAAUAAAGCUAAGUAUUUUAGAGGAAAGUAUUUGUUUAUACAUUUCAAAAAAGCAUUUGAGUUUCAUCCUGCUUUUGUUUUAGUGACAGAGAGGGUUUUGGGAGGGUGCAUGUUUGUAUAGUGUCUAUAAAACAAUCUUUUGAAGUUGUGUUUUCUUUACUCUGGACCCUUACUAAAAUUAUUUAUUUAUUGGCUGCACUGGAAUUUGAACUCAGGGCCUCGUGCUUGCUGGAUAGU